AAGACUUCAAAGUCUUCAAGCUUCGUUUCCUCACUCGACACGACGAACGCUUCUGUGAGGGCUACGGUUUUUCCCUGUGCAGAGCAGAGGAGGCCACGACCUUCUUCGCAAACCCAGCGAUCAACGUCCCCCCGGUCGUCCCGAGCGACUCCGGCAACCGACCCCUCCGACGAAUCGGCUAGCCACGACCAGGAGCCAUCGAUAUUCAUCUUCACGAAGCCCUUUCCCGGCAGCGACCCCGAACACGCCAGGGGUAAAGGCCUAUCUUGUUCACCCACGAGGGAGACAGGGAGAGAGCUGCCAAAGCUAAAGUUUAAAAUGGAGAGCUUAGAGGCAGGAACAUCGUCAGAAUAUGAGUAUCAAGUGUUCUUGAACUUCAGAGGACCCGACACUCGUAAGGGAUUUACCGGCUGCCUCUACCACAGCUUGAUCGAUACCGGCAUCUGCGUCUUUCGAGACAGUGAAAAGCUCCAUGUUGGUGAAAGAAUUGAUGGAGCGCUCCAGAGAGCAAUCGACAAAUCUAGGAUCUACAUCCCCAUCUUCUCUCGAAACUACGCUUCGAGCCAAUGGUGUCUCCGCGAGCUCGCGCAGAUUGUGGAGAGCACCUUCAAGUCAAACGGGAAUAAAGAGAUCCUACCUAUUUUUUUCGACGUAGAACCUGACGUUGUUAAGAUGAAAACCCCGUUGUAUGGCAAUGCCAUUCUCAAUUUGGAGCGCAAGAAGCCGUUGAGCACCGAAGAAAUAGAGUCCUGGAGAAAGGCUUUGAAGGAGGUUGCUGCAAUAAAGGGAUGGGAAGUCGAGAAAUACAAUGACCAAGGCCAACUAAUCAAGUUGGUCGUUGAGGAGGUUGUGGAUAAGUUGAAGAUGAAGCAAAAGCCUGUGACUGAACAUUUAAUUGGAAUCGAUGAUCGAGUGGGAACAGUAAGAAAUAUGUUAGACGUAGACUCUGGAGGUGUGCGGUUCAUUCAAAUUUAUGGCAUGGGGGGUAUCGGUAAAACGACUCUUGCCAAGGUCGUGUUCAAUCAACUUUGUACCCACUUUGGAAAGUGUUGUUGCUUUCUUGAAGAUGUUCGAGAAAAGUCGUCAAGAACUGAUGGCUUGGUUGAAUUGCAAAAGAAGUUAUUAUCUGAAAUAGGAAAUGUCGCAGGAACAACAAGCAUCAAUGAAAUUGACUAUGGAAUGAAGAGAAUUGAAGAAACACUUCGCAAUAAGAAGGUCUUCAUUGUACUGGAUGAUGUUGAUAAAAGUGAACAAGUGAAGAAAUUAGUUGGAAAAGGUGCUUUGUGUUCAGGGUCUAGAGUACUGAUUACUACUAGAAACAAGGAUGUUUUGCAAAUCACUGGACCAAAGUACGAUAUAUUAGAUUAUGAAAUGGAGGUGAUGAGUAGUGAUUAUGCGCUUCAGCUCUUCAGCAAACAUGCAUUUAAGAAGGACUCUCCUUCGGAUGAUCGUUAUGAUAUUUCAAAGAAAAUUGUAUCUACUACCGGAAGACUUCCUUUGACUAUUGAAGUAAUUGGUUCAUUUCUGUUCAGACAAACUCAAGAACUAUGGGAAGAAACAUUGGACAAGUUAAGCAAAGCACUUCUAGAGGAUGUUUAUAAAAAGUUGAGGAUUAGCUUUGAUGCAUUGACUUUUGAGCAACGACAAAUUUUUCUGGAUAUUGCAUGCUUUUUCAUUGGUGAGGAAAAGACAAAUGCAAUUCAUAUGUGGAGAGAUUGUGACUUUUUCCCAAUUAGUGGAAUUGCGGUCCUCAAUAACAUGUCCUUGAUAAAGAUUGUAAAAGACAAUAAGUUUUGGAUGCACGAUCAACUUAGAGAUCUUGGAAGGGAAAUUGUUCGUCAAGAAAAUCCGACGAAUCCGGAAGAGCGUAGUAGGUUAUGGAUUCAAGAGGAAGUCCUCAGCGCAAUAAGUUCAAAGAAGACGAAGAACAAUGUUCGAGCAAUUGAACUCAAUCUUGAUGUCCCUAUCAGAAGCGAAGAGAUUAGAAAGUUUGAAAAUUUGAGGUUCCUUAGAUUACAUUUGGGAACCUUUGUUGGUGACCUAACGGAUUGUUUUCCCGAAUUAAGAUGGAUUUAUUGGAGAUAUCCUUCUCCACCAUAUGAGAUGACCAAUAUGCGCUUAAAUAAUCUAGUCAUUCUUGAAUUUUCUUCAGUUCACUUUAUAGAUGAUCAGAAAUUAUUUAACUUAAUAAAGGAGGCAAGAAAAUUGAAAGUUCUUAGUUUUGAGAAUUGUCAAGAGAUAACCAGAAUACCAGAUUCAUCAGGAUGCUCAACUUUAGAGAGGCUGACUUUUCGGGGUUGCCAUGGUUUAGGGAAGAUUGACGGCUCUAUUGGGAAGUUAAAGUGUCUAAAAGAGUUAAAGUUUGAUGAUUGCCCUCAGCUUAAAGGUUUGCCUGAAGAAAUCAUGGACCUACGGAAUCUAGAGCGCUUCUCUUUAAAGUGUUUUUUUUUUGGUAAGUGUUGUGAAAUGAAGGAACUACCAGAUGCCAUAUUUAAGUUGAAAUCAUUACGGAAGUUGAAGGUUUCAAUUUUAGGUCCAGUGGGGUUACUGGGUGCUAUCGGAAAGCUGGAGUUAUCGGGUGCUAUCGGAAAGCUUGAGAAUCUGGAAGUGCUUCGGGUUAAAGGAAAUUUGAAAGGUCAAAUUCCUUAUGAAAUUGGCUUGCUUCCGCGGCUGCAAAAACUGGUGUUAGAAGAAUGUUAUGAAAUCCGAGAGUUGCCGGCACUCCCAAUAAGUCUGACCCAUCUGACAGUGCCAUCUACAUCAUUGCAGGUUGUUCCGGACCUCUCAAACUUGACUAAUUUGGUUGAGUUGGACCUAAGUGACAACUUUCACAUGGGCAGAAUGUCUACCAGUGACUUCAGGUGGAUUGGUAGGUUCUCUAACAUGGGCAGACGAGAUAGAAUUCUUACCGGUGACUUAAGGUGGAUUGGGAGGUUAUCCAAACUGGAACAGUUGAGAUUGGGUCUCCCCCAUGUCCCUACUCCCACUGAGUUGGCUUCCCUUCCUAAGCUUAACCGACUCCUUUUGUCUGGAUUGGACCUGCAAACCUUCACGCAAGUUCCCUCUUCUCUAUUAGAGCUAACCCUUGAGAAUUUCAAUUCAAUCGCGUUACACUCCUUCAACCUGAAGAAUUUGUCAGAUUUAAGGCUCUUUUGCUCUCAAAUGCAAGAGAUUCAACUCGAUGGGCUUCAUGUUCCAAAUUUAACAAUGCUUUACGUUGAAAAUUGUGGACCCCUCGAGAGAUUCAUGCUAUCCAGCAUGAGGAAGCUAAAAGAGGUCGCCAUGGGUGAGUGCCCAAAACUAGACGAGAUCCACAUUGCCGGGGUGUUGGAAUCGUUGGAAAAAUUGAAUAUUUUUGCCUGUGAGUCCUUCAGAAGGUUCGUGUUCGUCGACACACAUUGGGAAUCUUCUCAUGAAUCUUCACUAAUCCUUGCAUCGAGAGUCUUCAAUAAGUUGCGGUGUCUCUGGCUGCAGGAUUGCGAUAAGAUACUCAGUAUUCAAGUUGUUGGUAUGUCAGAAUCGUUGGAAGACUUGAGAUUUUAUGGUCAUCAUUUGCAAAGUGUUUGUGGUUUGUCAAACUUAAAGUACCUCAAGUCCUUCGACAUAGAUUCCGCCCCUGAGCUACGGAUUGUCGAGGGCCUCGAUGAGUUAAAGUUCUUGAGCAAUUUGCGACUUAUGGCGUGCUUGUCGUUGGAAAGUUUGAUUGAUGUAUCGACCACCCAAUUGCCAAAUGAUUGCCAUGUAUAUAUCUUCUGUUGCCCGAAAUUACGUGGGGUUAAGCAAGGAUUCACUGGCUCCAUCCAGCGUUUCAAGCGUUACAAGGAGGAAGAGAGUGUGCCGGCUGCAUUCACAGACCCAUUGAUGGUUUGGCAUGCAGAGGGCAGUGCACAAGAAGGAAUGCACCUACCAGGAAAUAUGGAGGAACUCCUGGCUCCAUCUGAGGAACCACAGGAGCCAAGCUCUGUCGGGACUUGUACAUGUUGUGGAGGCUUGUUUUUCUUUUGGUCGAAAUUUGGAGGCUUGUUUUGUUUUAAAGACCACUAGCGUCAUCCUUGUCGGCAUGCAGGGAAGGAGGUAGCAUAUUAUUUAGUGGGCCGAUGCACUAAAGAGUUUAAGAUAAGGUAUUUCAUUAAAUAAAAUAAAAAAACCAUAAAGGUGCAAUCGAGCUAUAAAUUGAUUUGAAGUAGUUUGUGGAUGCAAAGUUUAACUUGAAAUUGAUGAUUUGAUAUU